AGCUCCAGGCUCACAGACUCGGACACCGGUCACUGGACAACACAGCAUCUCCUCUCGCCCCUCAAAAUAUCCCAAACUCCAAAGCCCAAAGCAUCGAUCAGAGCCGAUCAAAUAUAGUAGUAUUUGUUGAUCGAGCACUAGCUAGAGAAGUAUUCUCGUGUUGCUGUUAGCUUUGAUUUGCUGGAAAGAUGAGCCCCGAGGAGGGAGAGAGGCUCCUGUUCCCUUCCUUCGUCUUCCCGGACAGCUUCCCGGCCGACGACGCCACACCAGUCGUCUCCGGUGGAGAGCAGAAGAAGGCCGGCCGGCAGCGGCGGAGGAGGAGGGCGAGGCAGGCAGCGGCAGGCGAAGGCGCGGGAGGGGACGAUGCGGCGAAGAAACGCCGGCUGAGUGACGAGCAGGCGCAGUUCCUGGAGAUGAGCUUCAGGAAGGAACGUAAACUGGAGACGCCGCGCAAGGUGCAGCUCGCGGCGGAGCUUGGCCUGGACACCAAGCAGGUCGCGGUGUGGUUCCAGAACCGCCGCGCCCGCUACAAGAGCAAGCUCAUCGAGGAGGAGUUCUCCAAGCUCCGCGCCGCCCACGACGCCGUCGUCGUCCACAACUGCCGCCUCGAGGCCGAGCUGCUGAGGCUCAAGGAGAGGUUGGCGGAGACGGAGGAGGAGAAGAACAAGGCCAUGGCGGCGGCAGCGGCGACAGCGGGCGGCGGGGGUGGCAGCAGCCCGAGCUCUUCGUCGUUCUCGACGGUGACGGCAAUGGUAGGGGGGCAGCAGUUCGGGAUGGAGGAGGUGGAGACCGACCUCACCUACAUGAGCGAGUACGCCUACACCAACUACAUGAUGGACUUGGCGGCCGGCGGCUACCUCGGAGUCGGAGGGGUGUACGAUCAGUUCAGCUGAUCUGGAUAGAGGGGUGAAAGAACAGUGCUAGUAGUAGUUUACUAUGAUCAAUCAAUGUUAAUUAAUUAUUAAUCAACCGGGAUUGCGGGGUAAUCGUAUGCACGUACUAGCAGUAGUAGUAUUGGUGGUAGUUUCAAUGGGUCAUCAAUGGGUGGAUGCCCUAACGGAGAAUCUCAGUAGUAGUAUUUGCUAAGCUAGCCAUGUACAUUAUGAAUUGGUAAUCUUUGUAAGUAUAUUAUGUAUGGGUUAUCAUCAUGCAAGUGGUUUAUCGUGAACUGAA